AAACAUUUGACAGCUGCAGGCUGUUGUCAACCUCCUUGCCAAAAGAGCCGAAAGGAGCCUGAUAUUGACACGACUGAGACCUUUAAAAAUAAUACCUUGCCACGGGCCAGCCGUGCCAAGAAAGUCAACCGAUCUAAUUCGACUAAAUCAAGAAAACGACCAACUAUUCCUGCAAAUCAUCAACCAGAGUUUCUACCCAAGUCAGAAGUCCCGUCUGGUUUCCAGGAGACUUCACCAACAUUAGAAAAUGAGGAUUUAAAGAUUCAUCAGGCUACCCCGCAGAGACCUAUUUAUACUACGGUUUCGUCGGAGAUGAAUUUACAAAGGCCUUACUACAUGCCGCCAAACGUCAUGUUCUGUCAUUUCUGCAACCUGCAACUGAGCACCGAAAACCUCUAUCAACGCCAUCGUCUUGCUCACGCCCUUGUGAUCCAACUGACACGAUGUCUGGAACUCUCCCUGCCGACAUUUUCACCUCCAAGUAAUGAGACUGCCUCUGGCAACAGCAGCAACUCAUCCGUCCUCACUAAUUGGCUCACCGACCAAAUCCGCGUCAAUUUUAAUGACCAGAACUGGCUGAGACUAUCCGUCCGGGAAGUGGAGCAAGUGCUGGGCAACAGCAACAUGGAUGUUGAUAUUCGACAGCGCCAUGGGAUCCGAGAUGACACCGAGUUUCAGAACGUUGUUGACCUUUUAGUUACUCAAGAUUUGAACCUGUCUCCGAGGAGUGACUGUUGUGAAGUCUCAAGAAAACCGUAUUUCUUUCCCGAGGAAGCCGCUUGUACGUCCGUACAGUACCAUCCAUCACCGACUGAAUCGCUACCAAGCAGCUCGGAUACACUUUCGAUUGUUCCGGUUAACAGCCACCUGAUGCCGACUAGUCCAAUUUACCAGUCAUCCGGAAAUCAGAUGGAAGCCGGAUGCAGCGUUUCUCAUUAUCCAGGCCCAAACUUGUUGGAUUUUAAUCAAUCGGAAGAGUCUUUCAAUUCGUUAGUGACGGACCUCGACACGGUUGAGAAACAAAUGGCCAGCCUGUUGAACACUUACGAUGCUAUUUCCUCUGAGUGUGACGAGAAUUUUACCCAGCCCGAACUGACAUUCCAAAAUGAUUUUGUCGAUGACUCGCUGGAUAUUUUUCCGGUGUGGCAAACUACUCCACCGCCUUCAGAAAGCGUCGAAUGUUCCUUGACUUCCGAAUUGAACCUUGACGUCAAUCUAACGAGCUGUAAGAUGUAUUCCUUAUCGGGAGACGUUGACCUUUUGACUUACAGACUCGAUCAGAACGACGUAUGA